AUGAUGUAAUCAUUUUAAUAAUUAAUUUAGAAAUUUAUUGAAGGAGGGUCAUUUCAGAAAUAAAUUAAGUUUAAAUUUUAUUGGAGGAGUUUAUAAUUAGAAACGUAAUGAAUAAAUGUAUAUAACAUUUUAAAAAUAAGAGAUUUUAACGUUUAGAAAGACUAAUAUAAUUAUCAAUGAAUUUAAUAAUAUUUUUAAAUCAUUUUAGUAUUUUUGA